UCCAUGCAGGGCUGUCCGAUAAAUCGCCUGACUAAAAUUCAGAAGCAACAUCGCUGUCAGUGCAUCGUUGUUGCAGCUAUUAAAUCUCCUGCAACCUCCCGCUGUGUGGUUUCGUUUUCAAAGACAACGAUUUACGUUUGAAAUCAGCGCUCCGUCUGCUGGACGUGACACGCCAACAUGGACUCACGGAAAGUGGCAGAGCUGAAGGCUUUCGUGAAUUUAUGCGAGACCAGUCCCGAGGUCCUGCACCUUCCAGAGUUGGGCUUCUUUCGCUCCUGGCUGCAGAACAUGGGUGCAAAGAUUCCUCCACUGGCAAAGACAGAAGGAGGUUGCAAGGGAGGCUGUCCUUGUGGUCCUUCCUCCACAGCCUCAUCAGCUCCUGAGCCGGAGCCUCAUGUUCCAUCUGAGAGUGAGGAGAGUGAGAUAGAAAUUGACCAAGAUGGAGUUAUUGAACCAGACACUGUUGAGCCUGAAGACAUUGAUGAUCUUGACAGCAUUGAGGUGACAGACGAGAUGAUGGAUCAGGCCAAUGAAAAGAAGGUUGAAGCUAUUAACGCUCUUGGAGAAGGGGAUCUUCAGAAAGCUCUAGAUCUUUUCACAGAGGCCAUCAAGCUGAACCCCCGUUUAGCAAUCCUCUACGCUAAGAGGGCGAGUGUCUACAUAAAGAUGCAGAAACCCAAUGCGGCCAUUAGAGACUGUGACAGAGCCAUCAGCAUCAACCCAGACUCUGCACAGCCGUACAAGUGGAGAGGGAAGGCCCACAGGCUGCUUGGUCAUUGGGAGGAAGCCGCCAAAGACCUGGCCACAACCUGCAAACUGGACUAUGACGAGGACGCCAGCGCAAUGCUGAAGGAGGUCCAGCCAAAGGCCAACAAAAUCAUCGAGCACAGGCGCAAAUAUGAGCGCAAGAGGGAGGAGAGGGAGAUCAAGGACAGGCAGGAGCGGAUAAAGAAGGCCAGAGAGGAGCACGCUCGGGCUCAGAGGGAAGAGGAAACGCGACAUUUUGGAGCCGGAGCAGGAGGUUUCCCAGGUGCUGCUGGGUUCCCAGGUGGAGGUCCUGCAGGUAUGCCGGGUCUUGGUGACCUCCUGAAGGAUCCCGAGGUGCUAAACGCCAUGAAGGACCCUGAGGUGAUGGCCGCCUUCCAGGAUGUGGCUCAGAAUCCGGCAAACAUCUCCAAGUAUCAGAACAACCCCAAAAUCAUGGCUCUGGCCUCCAAGCUCAGUUCCAAAUUUGGAGCUCCCCCCCAGCCAUAGAAGUGGACAGGACCAAAACGGAGAAGAUGUUUGGAGGAGCGAGUGAAGUGAAGCUUUUCAACAUUUACUCACUGUGUUUAGUUCCAACAGGAGAGCAGGUCAAAGUGGUGUAACAGAAAGAUGGAAAGUGUUUUUUCUUUUUUUUUAAGUCUCCCUCAAUCAGUUUGUUAGCAACAUCAGCAAAUCAAGUGUCGGUAUGGUUAUGGGUCAGUCCUGGUACUUAGCUAAGCCCCUCCCUCCUCUCUGAUGCGUCGCAGCUGCGAUUUACCCUGCGGCAGCAGCACCAUCGCCUCUUUCUAGAGCCGUUGAACACUCAGUAAUAAACUCCUGGUUGUGCAGCUGCAUUCCCCAGCCUGGGUGCUGGUACCUGCUGUCGUGAAAGGCUAACUGCAAAUAACUUUAAUAUUUCUGUUGAAAAGUUCACAAUAAAAAUGUUGAUGCAAAACUCGUUCAAUCAUCUUUUGUAGUUUGCACUGAUACAUUUCUUUUAA